AUGGAAUCCAUCGCGCCUGUGCUCCCUGUUCCUCAACCUCAACCUCAACCUCACCUUCACCCUCAUCCCCAUCCCGACAUAUGGAGGAGCACGGGCGACGACGACUCGACGCUGCUGGACGACCUGGACCAUGAGCCCAAGGUGCUCAAGUGGUAUCGCGACUGGGACGAGUGGCGGCGCGACAUCCAGCCCUACGUCGACGUCUUCAUCUGGCGGUACAUGUGGUCGGACAAGGCCGCCGACGACUUGCGUGCGUGCCCAAUCCCGCCUCAGGUGCAGCAGUUCAACCCUCACGCCAGAGACGUGUCGGAGCUCACCAAGGACGAGUUUGACCACUACCACGACCAGAACAAGAUCUACUACUCCAAGAAGCAGGAGUAUGACCGCCAGAACGAAAUGGUCGACAAGACCAAGGCGCUGGUCCUGCGCACCAUCGUCCCGGCCAAGGCAGAGCUGCUCGACGAGAAGCAGUCGCUGCGCGAGUGGAUAGCCAUCCUCAAGGCGACGACGGCCCCGACGUACCGCCAGCGCAUCGAGAUUGAGCGCAGCAACUACAACGGCGUGCUGGAGCGCUUCGACCUCGACAACAACGAGGCGGACUGGGCUCAUGAGUGGUACAGCGCCGUGACGAGAUGCCACAAGCUCAACUUUCCCGAGACGCACUGCGGCACCUGGCUGCGUGAUCUGGCCGACUGCAUCCUGCCCUUUUCGCCGCCGCUGUUUGACAAGUUUAUGAUGGGGGCUGACAGGCUGGACCUCGCCGCCAUUGAGUGGAAGACGGAGGCUGAGGAGGCUAUUGCUUUUAAAAAGUCGCACAAGUGCAGCAGCAGCAGCAGCAGCAGCAACACCAACGCCAAUAACCGACAGGAAGCAGCUCUGAGCGAGAUUGGAAGCGGCGCUGGCGUGACAUCUGCCGGACGCAUACAAGCAGAACCUUCGGACGAGAAAGAAGUGGUAGAGCUGGAUGCUACUUCGCCGGCCGAAGAGGACCGCCUGUGGACGUUUCUGGAGGUGUACCGGGAGAUUCGCGACCUUGAACUUUCCGGGUCAGAAGCAGACGUGGCCAUCAACGACGCAGCCUCUGGCAAGGAGUCGGAGUCGCCGCUGUGUCCCGCCUGCAACCUCAAGGGCCACGAGCUGCGGCACUGCUGGUACGCGUUCGAGGAGCGCCGGCCGCGGGGCGUGAUGCUGAGCCGGUCUCGCAUGCGGCGGGUGGAGAAGGCGAUCCGGACGGACAAGAACCUGGAGCAGAGAGUGGACGACAUUUAUACGGCGUUUACCGGGGGCCGAUUUUACCAACGGCAGUUGAUGCUGGGCUCGACGCAGUCUGCUUGGUAA